AAUCCUGAUACCACCAUGGGAAAACAGAACAGCAAGUUACGCCCAGAAGUGAUGCAAGAUUUGCUAGAAAGCACAGACUUUACUGAACAUGAGAUCCAGGAAUGGUACAAAGGCUUUCUCAGAGACUGUCCAAGUGGGCAUCUGUCCAUGGAGGAAUUUAAGAAAAUCUAUGGGAAUUUUUUUCCUUAUGGGGACGCUUCUAAAUUUGCUGAACAUGUGUUCCGUACAUUUGAUGCAAACGGCGAUGGAACAAUAGAUUUCAGAGAAUUUAUCAUAGCUUUGAGUGUAACGUCACGAGGGAAACUGGAGCAAAAGCUGAAGUGGGCAUUCAGUAUGUAUGACCUGGAUGGAAAUGGAUACAUCAGCAAAGCAGAAAUGUUAGAAAUAGUCCAGGCAAUCUACAAGAUGGUUUCUUCAGUUAUGAAGAUGCCGGAAGAUGAAUCAACACCAGAGAAAAGAACCGAGAAAAUCUUUCGCCAGAUGGAUACCAACAGAGAUGGAAAACUUUCUCUGGAAGAGUUCAUUCGAGGAGCCAAGAGCGACCCAUCUAUUGUUCGUCUCCUUCAAUGUGAUCCCAGCAGUGCCGGACAGUUUUAAAACUGAUGUUUGUAUUACUUUGUGUCUUUCUGGUUUGUUUCUUUUGUCUCAUAUGUCUCUUUGCCAGAACAACAUUCAUGGGUGGUGUUGCCUUUUAAAGGCUACCUUUGCCUUCUUUUGUGGCAUUAUUUGCUUUCCUCGUGGCCAGCCAUGAAGGUGUUGUGCUUACACUCUCUCUAAAAUGCAUUCUGGAUUACAGAGAGUGCAACUGUCACAACCGUGUCCUUUUUCAAAUUGUAAUUAGUGCGGCCUGUGUGCCACUGAGUAUGAAUAGGAUUUAUUUCCUAAUUGGAUUAAUGCCUUAAGUCAUGUCUAGUUUGCCAAUUCCAAGCUGGCUCUAAAACUCUGUAAGAUCUGAGGCACAUGUGGAGAAGACUGAAGUCAGCCAAUAACUGCCAUCAAUCAAUCAAAUCUUUCUUAUGGUCAGAGACCAGCAUAAGGAGGAUGGGAUACAGUCAAUUUAAAAGCAUAGAACAUACAUCAAGUAAUUAUUAAAAAAACCCAAAAGCUAUAAAACAAAGUAUAUAUAAAAACAAAAGUCUAAAAGAAAUCUUAGCAGGAGAGGUAGACGCAUUAAAUGGGUAUAAGGGAGCAUGAAGGAUGGUGUGUGACAAACUAAACCUGUCAUGGUAAAGAGCAUUUUGUGUGAUGCACUGAAUGCUCCUUAUUAUUAAUUUAUGGAACAUCUGAUGGGCGUUCAGCACUGCUGCACAGAACCUGACAAUAUUCUAUGCCUGUGAUGGUGAACCCAUGGCAUGCAGACCACAGGUGGCACA